AUGCCUGUCCUCUGUCGUCAGCUAACGCACAGCGCGCGGGAAGAGCUUGACACUAUGCCCUUGCUUGACCGCCGCCCUAAUACGCAGCCGUCGCGGAAGCCUAAGGGUGCUAACAGCCUAACCCAAUCAACGUUGCAGCGAGAGCAGACUAUGCUUCGACUGCGACUUCGGCAGAGAUGCCUGAAGUUAGAGACGUGGUGGACACCUCUUACUGCGUUUGGUGCACAUAAUGAUAAUUCUGAGGGCAUGGUGGAAUACGAGAAAGCCAUUGCCACGGAAGAGGUUCGACAGGAAUGGGUCUCAUGA